UGCCUCAUUUCUUCCCCUUGGAUUCCAUCUCGCGAGCUUCGCUGCACGGGCAAUUGUCGCGUGCGAAUCCUGCCACCUGCUAGGUACUAGUGACGGUCUGACCCUGCAAAACCAAGCUGUCGGCAGCCUCGGUCGUCAAUCCACCCCUCGGCAUGGCACACCUCUAUCCCAAGGCUGAUGCCUUAAAGGGCGCCUUUUUCAGCCCAGCAUCUACCCAUCACAACUCACAAACUAUGGCGACUCCUCUUCAGGCUCGCCCUGAACUCUACGGAGCUUAUUCCGUCGUAGACACUGCCAAAGACAAGGCUGUGAAGCUAGGCCAUGAGGCAACUAAGGAAUUCGAGAAAGCUAGCUCCGCAGCUCAAGCCAAGACGGGAAAGAUUGAGCUGUACUCUGGAAAGUAUUAUGCAGCAUGUACAUUUGGAGGAAUGUUGGCUUGUGGUCUCACCCACACUGCCGUCACACCCCUUGAUUUCGUCAAAACUCGCCGUCAAGUCGACUCAUCACUCUACAAGAGCAACUUUGAAGCUUGGGGAAAGAUUUACCGCGCUCAAGGCAUCCGCGGCAUCUUCACCGGCUGGAGCCCAACUCUGUUUGGUUACUCGGCUCAGGGUGCCUUCAAGUAUGGGUGGUAUGAGUACUUCAAGAAAACGUAUUCCGAUCUUGCUGGUCCAGAAGCUGCCCACAAGUACAAGACUGGCUUGUAUCUGGCUGCCUCGGCAUCCGCUGAAUUCUUGGCCGACAUUGCCCUCUGUCCCAUGGAAGCUGUCAAGGUUCGAAUGCAGGGAGGUACCCCCAACCCCUACACUGGAGCCGUUGACGGGUUCAACAAGAUCACUGCAAAGGAAGGUUAUGCUGGUCUCUACAAAGGUCUUUAUCCCCUGUGGGGCCGCCAAAUCCCCUAUACCAUGAUGAAGUUUGCCUCGUUUGAAACCAUUGUUGCCAUGAUCUAUGAACGCCUGCCUGGAGAGAAGGACGACUACAGCAAGGCUGCGCAGACUGGUGUCUCCUUCACUGGUGGCUACCUUGCCGGUAUCCUUUGCGCUAUCGUCUCUCACCCCGCAGAUGUCAUGGUCAGCAAGCUUAACUCGGUACGCGAGCCCGGCGAGGCUUUCGGUGCCGCCAUGGGUCGUAUCUAUAAGGACAUCGGUUUCAAGGGUCUGUGGAACGGUUUGCCUAUGCGAAUUGUCAUGAUUGGCACCCUAACUGGUCUCCAGUGGAUGAUUUACGACUACUUCAAGAUCUUCAUGGGUUUGCCCACCACUGGCGGUGUCGCUCCGCCCCCAGAGAAGAAAGAGGCGAAUUAGAGGGUAUAGAUGGACAAGGUUUGGUAGGUCAAAGGGAGCUUCUUGUGGACAGAUCUGAGUUUUUGCCGUGGAUGAUAUUGCAACGCGGUUGAAGUAUAUUCCAUUAAUUAGUCUCUAAAUGGGAGGGGAACAUCGUCUUGCGAGUUUCCUACUCCAAAGUCAUUACAUACCUAGUUGUAAGAAUAAGUUCAUGUAUUGCAUCUCCGCU